UUUCGGGCCAAUGGGGCGCCCCGGGGCGGAGCCUCGAGCGCCGCGCGGCGUUUCGCCCCCAGCGAAAACCUUUUCGCCUGCAGUCGUUUACCGAUAAGCCUGAGGGAUGGUCGGUUAUUAUUACAUUCGGUACGUGAGCGGAUGGCUCCGGGCAUAAUCGAUAAUGCGGAAGGCAAGCCAGUGACUGUUGUGAUAUGAGACAUUUUGUGUUCUGUGAUAUGUUUGCCUUAGUAUAGAUAGCAUGAACCUUUAUAUGCAGUGUCACCGCGAGCUGUGAGAAGAAACCACAAGUAGACUACUAGAAUAAUAAUCAAAAUGACUUUCCGUUGUGUUCCUACAUUCCAAGCUGUGUCCAAUGACAGUAGCGCCACCUGGGAGCGCCUGGGCGGCGGCGGGCUGGGCCUGGGCGGCGGCGGCUUCCGCGGCGGCGGGCAGCCCUCGCUCGCCGACUUCCAGCCGCCCUACUUCCCGCCGCCCUUCGCCCCCGCGCCGCAUCCUGCCAGCCCGCACCACCAACAACAGAACCAUGGCAUGGAAUACAGCGGCGGUGGCGAGGCGUACGCGCAGCACUACGCGCCGCAACAGCUCCUGCCGCGCCACCACACGCACCACGAACACGCGCGGUUGCACCGCGACCAUCACGACAUUCACACGCACCAUUUGGGGCACAGUGGUUUCGGCUACGGCGGCGGCGAGCGGCGCGCUGACUACGGAGCGAGGGAGCAGCAUGAGAUCGCUCUUCACCACGCACUGCACUCAGAGGAGGCGCCGAAUGCCGGCAUGGAUGAUACUACAGGGUUCAUGACUGAUCUACCUUUAUUAAAAACGAUAAAAGGGCGCGACGGCCUCGGCGGCUCAUGCGCGCCCAACGACGUGUUCUGCUCAGUACCGGGACGGUUGUCACUACUGUCCUCAACGAGCAAGUACAAGGUGACAGUGGGGGAGGUGCAACGACGGUUGUCACCCCCAGAAUGCCUCAACGCAUCGCUGCUCGGCGGAGUUCUACGCCGAGCGAAGAGCAAAAAUGGCGGCCGCCUACUACGGGAGAAGCUGGAAAAGAUAGGACUGAACCUGCCGGCGGGCCGGCGGAAAGCUGCCAACGUCACUCUCCUCACUAGCCUUGUCGAAGCGGAGGCAGUGCACCUAGCACGUGACUUCGGCUACGUGUGCGAAACGGAGUUCCCGGCGCGCGCGCUGGCGGAGUACCUCGCGCGGCAGUACGCGGAGCACGACGCGCGGCGGCGACGCGACCUACUGCAGGCCACUAAGCAGGUGACCAAGGAGCUAAUGGACCUCCUUAACCAGGAUCGUUCGCCGCUCUGUAAUACGAGACCGCCGCACCUACUGGAGCCGGCCAUACAACGGCAUCUAACCCACUUCUCGCUCAUCUCACACGGCUUCGGUGGACCGGCCAUAGUGGCAGCACUGACUGCUAUACAGAAUUUCCUAAACGAGUCUCUCAAGCAUUUAGACAAAUUAUACCCCCAAAGCGGUAUGGUUUCGUCGUCAAUGGACAAAACCAAAAUGGACCCCGACAUCAAGAAGUAACACCAACAUAACGGCGGAAACGUCGGCCGCACAGAGUAUAACCAUGUGACCAAGGAACUGUCCAUACGGACGCGAAUUAUCUUCAUAUCGUUCUACUGCCAACAUACAAAAUUUAAAAGGAGAUUGCGUAUUUAUUUUUAUGAUGAUCUUCGUUUGUGGCCCGCAUACAAAUAAAGUGCAAUUAUAAUACUCAAGAUUGUGAGAUUUGUAAAUAUAGAUAUUAAAAUGAAUACCCAUAGUAUUAAUUAGCAUUUAAAGUAGUAUUAAAUUCUCAGGCCAUGAUUUCGUGCUUUCGUCGAGACGAACUAUUUUUAUUACGAGGUUAUGACAAAUGCAAAAACUGCAAUAAGUAACACAUAUCAAAUUGUAAAUAGUUUAUUAUACAGUAUGUAUACAUUACAUACUAAGGGAUAACAUAGCAUUUUCACCGAUCGUUCGAAUUUAGAAAAAACCUCUUUAGUUAAGGUUAGAUAUAAUUUUGCUAGUGACUCAAUGUGAAAGUGUGCCAAUUAGUUUAAAAACGGAUACAUGUGUCCGAUGAUUAAGUAAUUUAAUAUUUAUUGAUAAUCUCGCAUGUAUAUAAUAAUUAUGAGUACCGUCUUGCCCAAUUUCUCAGUUGUAGUGUUUGUAGAACUAAAUUACUUUGGUGGAAAUGGUGCCAAAAAACUGGUAACUAUAGUUGGUCAAGCAGAUCUUGUCAGUAGAAAAACCGGGCAAGUGCGAGUCGGACUCGCGCACGAAGGGUUCCGUACCAAAAAGCAAAAAAAAAACAAAAAAAAGCAAAAAAAAAACGGUCACCCAUCCAAGUACUGACCACUCCCGACGUUGCUUAACUUUGGUCAAAAAUCACGUUUGUUGUAUGGGAGCCCCAUUUAAAUCUUCGGACGGACGGACGGACGGACAGCGAAGUCUUAGUAAUAGGGUCCCGUUUUACCCUUUGGGUACGGAACCCUAAAAAGGCGGCAAAUUUGAAAAAUGUAGGCGCGAAGGGAUAUCGUGUCAUAGAAAAUUUGAAUUUCGCGCCGUUUUCUACUAACAAGAUUUGCUUGGCCAUCUAUAAAUCAAACCAUGUAUUAACUUCGAAAUUAAGUUCGACAAGAUUACACUUUAUUGAUUAAAUGAAUAUGUAUAUGAAUAUGACUUGAUACGCACAAUUCGCACCACUGAAUAUUCAGGGGGGCUACCGCGAAAACCGAAAUUCGCAAAUUGCGGGGAUGUUUCUCUUUUACUCCAAUGAAGGCUUGAUUAGAGUGACAGAGAAAGAUGCCCGCAAUUUGCGAAAUUCGAUUUUCGCAGUUAUAGUCCAGUUUAGUAAAAAUAUCAUAAAUUAUCUCUCAUACUUGCUCAACAAAUUUAAAACUCCACAAUGAUCUUCAAUCGUGUGCCAAAUGAUACUUAAUUAAACAAAUUUAUUAAACUUGACGUUGAUAAGCUUGUUUUGUUACUUUUACCACCACAAAGACUACCGAAUAAGUUUAAUUAUUUUUGUAAGACCAUUGUCAUACUUAAUAAAAAAGAAUUACAUUUUAACCUUUUAACCAUAUUGUAAGAUAGCAACCGUAAUAUGAAUGCAAUCGUGCUAAUUUACUAUAUAUGUAUUAUAUGACCAUGGCUUGAUUAAUUUUACCAUUAUUAUUUAUUCAUUUCAAUUUCUUACUUUUAACCACUAAGUAUUAAUUAAAAAAUACAUUGAAUUGCAUCAAGGCAGAGUGGAAAAUUGCGACUUUUCACGUUUGAAGUAAUCAAAAGGACCGACAUUGAGGUUAAAAGGUUAAAAUUAUCGUCGCACCUAUUCUGUUAAAACAAUAACACAUCCAAUAAAUCGAUUUUGCAAAUAAAACCUAUACAUGGUCCUAUUUUGUAAAUCUACACGAGAUUCGAACCUAAGACCACCAGCAUCACAGUUAUGUAGCGGUGUGAUACGCGGUUUAUAUACCGGGUGUGGCCUGUAAUAUGAGCAAAAAAUUAAACUGUAGGCUGUACUCCUCAUAUUGACCAACAUUUGUUCAGCGACUUUUAAAAAUAACUUGUGGUUUAAUUUUUAAUACACUUUAAAGUUUAUUCUAAGACGCAAUGUAUUGUGAAUUUUGUUAUGUUUAAGGCGUGACAAGCAACGUCAAUCACAAUGAUAUGUCGUGGCGAUGGCGUCCAUUGAAGAUAAUAUUUAUUUUGUAUGAAAAAUAGGGAGUCUAAAUACUUCAUAAUUUUUAAAAGUUGUUGAACAAAGGCGUCACCGUUUGAGGAGUACAAUCUAUGUUUUAAUUAUUUGCUCGUGUUACAGGCCACACCCGGUAUGUAGAAUAUUAAAUUGUAGAUUCAUAAAAUAGGGCUCUGAAGUAAUUUCAUUACAGGUUACUUUGAGACGAUAGUGGACUACCGCUUCUGUAUACAAACGUAGUCCCCGUUUUUCUGCCUGGAUAUCUAUCUAUCUAUAAUACCUUUAAACGAGCAAUUCUUGUAUAUUUAUAUAUAUACCUAUAUAUAUUUCGGGGAUCUCGGAAACGGCUGUAACGAUUUCGAUGGCUUUUAGGGGGGUUUUCGGGGGCGAUAAAUCGAUCUAGCUAGGUUUUAUCUUUAGGGAAACGCGCAUUUUUGAGUUUUAUAUGUCUCCUAGAUAUUUAACUAUUAAUUUGUUGUAUAUUAACCAUAGCCAUGCUCCUUCGUUGGACUUUUUUUCGAUUUGUGUAUUAUUAUAAUGAGGUCUUAUAAUUUAACUGAGCGAAAAACGAAACAUAGUAACUCCAGGUUUAAUCGGUUAACCCCGGGUUAGUGAAUUGAUGCAAGUGGCGCUUAAAGGGUUAAUAUACAAAGAGGAAAAUGGGAACUAUGUUUGUAUGGAGAAACGAGCACGUGACGUCGUCUACUUUCCUCUAAACAUGCUUGUACUAGUAUAUUUUAUACUUUUCGGGGAUUACCUCAUUGUAACUUAAGGCUCUGUGAAGUUCUUGAAUCAGGGUAAAAUUGUGUCGCACAUUUUGUUCAAUGCACUAUGUUAAUGUUAAUUCUUUGGACACGGACUUUGGAUACGUUUGGUUGGAGUGUAAUGACGAUUUAUCAUCCUCAUGGAGAUAUUUCUUGAAAAAUAUCGAUAAGA